AUGGUAAACAUAAACUGGCCAGGGCUCCUCAAAUGGUCGACUAAAUAUGCAGACGGCACCGUCGACACGAACAAGCGGCUAAGCAAGGAAGACAUCGAGUUCCUGCAGGGGGCCAUCAAGGACGCUCUGAGUCAAGUGGAGGAUCCAUACGAAGCGAUAAACGAAGCAGUUCGCAAUUUUGAAAAUGCCGAUGAAGGGAUUAUCCUGGCCUCUGCCAAAAUCGUGGAGAGACUAGUCGAUGAGUACCCGGAGAUCUCUCGCAAUCUUCACAAGAUAAACGCAAUAGAUCCUUUAUUAAAAUUGCUAAACCAAACAAACAAUCACAUCCUAGAGUCCGUAUUGCAGAUAUUUUCGCUAGCUCUGUCAAACAAUCCAGAGUUACAAGAGUGUGUAUUCAAAAAAAACGGCCUAAAGACAUUGUUGCUGAAGCUGCAAGACUCGCAAAAGACGGUGAUCGAUAAGAAGUUAAUAACAGCAAUCUCUGCCCUGAUUCGACACCAUGAUGAGGCGGAAAAUAAAUUCAUUGACUAUGGCGGGGUCGGCUUCUUAGUGUACGGGAUGCAGACAAAUAUUCAUCAGUACCAGGAGAAGUCGGCUCUCCUGCUGAAGCAUCUAAUACAUCAAAACAAAAUUACAUUUGAGAUUUUUUUAAAAAACGAAAUAAUGAAGGGACUAAUAUGUCUUGCCAACAACAAGAAUAUCGACGAGACAGGGAUACAGUAUGGGGAGACCACCGCCGAACUGUUUUUGGCCCUGAUGCAGAAUCACCGGCAUAAGUUGGCCAAGUCGGGUUACCUCCACAAUUUGAAGGUCUUGAUAGAGGACCGCUUGGCCUACCUGCGCGUUGUGCAGGAAAGCGCGUCGUACGACGUCUCCCAGGAGAUCGAGUUAUUCACGGAUUGUUUGAAACUGACCAGGUAG